AUGCGCCUGCGGGCGGACCCUUACAGAUCACAGAUCACAGUGAAACAAGACACCAAACGCGGCCAAAGGAUAUCCAACCUCGAGAACCUCGAGAACACCGGCGGCGCCACUGAGCAGCGGGCGCAGCGAAGUGGCGAUCAUGGCGGCGGCCGUUCGGCUGCACCUUCCAGCGCCACUGAGCGGCGGGCGCAGCGAACGGAGACCAACACCGUGGCAGCAGCAAUAGCGGCGGUAGCGACGCCGGUGGCGGGAUCAUUCGAUAUGGACGUGGAGUCCGCAUCGGAUGAGGACAACGAGCCCUCGCCGCCUCGUCUUCGAGGCUCGAUGUCGCUGUUGUUGCAGCAGCGGUCGCGUGAGCUCGUGUCGCUCGCGCGGUCACGCGCCCUCAGUGCGCGCCAGCGAGCGGACGCGACCUUUGGCGUGCUGCACCUUCUGCUCGCCAGCGCGCUCAUCGUCCUCUCUGUCGGGUUGGCCGGCUGCAGCCUCUCCCACGGUUGCUCGGCCGACCCUGUCGGGCUGCCGGGUGGCCCGCUCUUCUCGCUUCUGGCUGUCCUGACGAGUUCUCGAGUCGGUGCGGCGGCGGUGGAGGCGGCGGGCCGCGGCGUCCCGGGCCUCUGCGGAUCACUGUUGGCCUGCUGCGCGCUGGUCAACAUCGACGGGGCGCUCGACACCUCGGACGAGCUCUUCCGCCUCGUCGCGGGCGUCGCAAAGGCGGCGGCGCUGUCCACCAUUAUGCUGCGCGCGGGUCUCGGCCUCGACUUCGGAGUGCUCCGCUCCAACCCGCGCUUCGUCGCCACCCUCGCGGCCGUCCCCUGCUUUGCGGAGGCUUGCACGGUCGCCGUCGCCUCGCGGUGGGCCCUCCCGUUCCUGUCGAGCGGCUGGUCGCUCCUGCUCGGCUUCCUGCUCGCCGACGUGAGCCCAGCAGUGACGACGCCGCUCUUGCUCGACCUGCAGGCGCGGGCGCGCGGGCUGGGCGCCGAGCGCGGCAUACCGAGCCUCUUGCUCGCCGCGGCAAACCUCAACUCGGUCCUCGCGAUCGUCGGCUACGGAGUCGUCUUCGGAGGCGUCUUCUCAGGCGGGGGCAGGCCGGCGUGGCAGACGGUCGGCUUGGGCGGGCUCGAGCUGCUCUGCGGCGCGGGGGCCGGCUGGCUGGGCGCGGCGGCUUGCCUCUCGGUGUGGCGCACCGCGAGGGACGGGGCGGACCGGCACGGCCUCUUGGUUGGCGGGGCGACGGUCCUCCUCCUCGCGAGCCAGCGGGUGGACAUGGCGGGCGGCGGCUGCCUCGCGGUGAUGGUGAUGGGGCUGACGCUGCGCGAGGGCGUGCUCUCCCGGAUGCCGGCGGAGGCGGGCAGCGUCGCCGAGGCGGAUUGCGUGCUGCGAGCCGGCUGGGCCUCCUUCGGAGCUCCCGUAAUCUUUGGCCUCCUCGGCGCGAGCAUGGACGCGUCUCUGCUGAGUGCGCCCCUCGUCGCCGGGUCCUUCGUCGUCAUCGUCUGCGGCCUCGCCGGCCGGGCGGUCGCCUGCUGGCUGUGCGUCCGCUCUCACGGCUGGAGCGCCGCCGAGCAGCUCUUCGGGGUGGUGACGUGGUGCCCCAAGGCCACCGCGGCGCUGAGCAGCGUCGCUCUCGACUACGUCGCGGAACACUUGGCGGGCCUACCCGAGUACGGCGCGGAGAUGGAGAGGGCGGAGGCGCUCCUCACGUGCGCCGUGCUCUCCAUCAUGGUGACGGCUCCGCUCUUCGCGGCCGUCAUCGCAAAGGUCGGGCAGUGGGGGCCAGAAGCCUCUUCCUAA